AUGUUUAAUGCCGACCAGUUUCAGGACCAUCUCUCGGCCCUAACCAUCAAUUCUCGGGUGAUUAUCGAAGAGCUCACCAUAGCCGCCGAGAAGAACCCAGACAAUGCCGACGAAAUUGCUAAACUUGUGAUGGAAAGGGUUCGUCGAUGUCUUCCUAAACACAAGAUAUUUGCAUUCUACCUACUAGAUUCCAUUUGCAAAAAUGUUGGAAACCCGUAUAACGUCAUCUUCAGCUCUCAUCUCUACUCCCUAUUCACAGAUACGUAUCUUGUAGUCACAGACACCCCUACUCGUCAGGAUCUUAUCAAUCUAUUCAAGACAUGGCCGCGAGCGAAAACGUCUGCGGGAAUCGAAUUAUUUCCUGCCACCGUGUUGAAGAAAAUCGAGCUGUUUAUCAUCAAUGCCACCUCCAUUGGCAACAACCAAAGUGCCACCAAGAUAUCUCCCGAUAUGCUUCUUCGUGAAGCAAACUACUUGCUACAGUACGUCAUCACCAUGGACAGAGACCUUGAAUUGUUAAGCAAAAGAUCACGCCAGGAUGCUGAUUUUGUUGCGGAGUGCCAUAGGAUACGACACAAACUCAUUGCUGAAAUUAAUGUUAUUUCGGAGUCGAUAAUGGCUUCUUCAAAACCGCAGUUUGACGCUCAUCUGACCAAGUACCAUGAAAGUCUCCAACUGGUCAGAAAACAACUUGACGACCAGUCGUUCCGCCAGCAGCAGCGAAUCAAGCAGACUCCGCCGGAGGAAGCGGGUCCGAGGGAACUAAAGCCUCCGGACUUUUCUAUGUUCAUCUCGAUGACUGCCGGACCUGAAGCUGACUCACAGUUCAAGGGUAUGCUUGAGGGCUGGGGAAAGGUGAUAGUUCGAAACAGAGACGCAGUACAGAUGAGAGGAAAUGGAGAAAAAGACAGUGGAAUUGACAAGUUUGUUGCCAAUCAACCGGAGCCCUUUUCGCAGCCACAGAAUAUACCCGCUGAAAAGUCUUCAAGCCAAACAGAACCAACUUCAGACGAACCAAACUCAGAAGAUACCCUCAGCUCGAGUCUCGGACUUACCUUCAGUUCGGCCAGUUUCAUGAACUCGUUACUUCCUGAGACUACUUAUAAGCUGGUGGAAAACGAAAAAGAAAAUGAAAACGAAAAUGAGCAAAAUAACAGAGCAGACCCGGUAGAGCCUACACUCAAGAGUGGUUUGAAAAGAAAAACGAUAGGAGAAGUUUCGGAGCCGAAAAGAGUACGGUUUUCUGACGACGUUGAGAGCAUUGAGGCAGAGGAAGUGGAGUAA